AUGUACGCGAACACUGUGAAGGUGUUCAACUCGCGUCCGAUGAUCUCGGCGAGCCUCCCCAGCGAGGCGCUGGCCCAGCUGGGGCAGCUCGGCCAGUUGAGCCACCUGUAUCCGCCACCGUCGCCGGCCGGCAUGACACCCGAGUUCCUUGCGCCGCCGCCGCGCCCGUACGCGCGCUACCCGCCGCGCCGCCGCGAGAUGCCGGCACCGCCCGCUCCGUUCCCGACCUACACGCCCUUCUUGCCGCACGGAUACGCGUCCUACCUGUACAGGACGCGGGCGCUGCAGCCGCCAGCGGCGUACCCCAUGCGCCCGCGACACUCGUCCGGAUUCGUCCCGCCCGCGCCGGCACCGCACUCGCCACCGACAGCGCCGGCGCCCGCGCCUCCCCCGCGUGAGGAGCCGCCCAUGUCCCCGGAGCGAGGUGCUCCCGCGCCGUACUUCUGCCGCGGGGCGCUCAUCCGCCUUGAAGACGGCUCUCUGCGUCGGGUCGAGGAGAUGCGCACGGAGGACUUCGUCAUGAGCGCGGAUCGUAGCGGAGACCUCACGCUCACGCAGUGCACGUUACUGCGGCUGGAUGAGCGCGGGGACAAACUGGCACUCACGCUCACGUACGACAGGAACAGGUCGCAGGUGGAGCUCGAAUCAACCGUCGAGCACCCAUUCUUCGUGUAUGGACGGGGCUGGGCGUCGUGUAGGCCUGAGCGCACGCUGGCGCGGUACGGCCUUAGCGUCCAAAGACUACAAGUUGGCGACGUGUGCGUGUCUCUGGUUGCGCGCAAACAUGCGAGCCAGACGUCCACUGCGUCCACGGGCCACACGGGGCAUACGGGACACGCGGGCCAUCCUGGACCGACGGGUCCGCAAGGCACAAACACCAUGAUCACGUCCGCCCCGCCCCAAACGCACCCAGAAAACCUCAGCGUCAAAGAAGACGCCCGCAAGAGGCGGUGGUCCGCCUCCGACGUGUGCGAGGACGACCGUCCGCCCCCCAAGAAACGUUGA